AUGGCUUUUUUUUUUUUUUUUUUUUUUUUUUAUUUUAUAUUUUUUUUAUUUUAUUUUAUUUUUUAUUAUUUUUUUUUUCUAAUGGCACACAAAUCGAUUUUUUUUUUUUUUUCAAAAUUUUCAAAUAAUGUUUUACAAAACCUUGAUGUCAAGGAGUGA